AUGGGAAUAGCUCAACUUCUCUUGUGGACUGAAAUUACUCGGCAUCCAUCACGGUGGAAGAUGUGUGGGUUCAAGGAUAGCCAUGCCAUGGCAGAGGAGUUCUCUGUGUCAAACGGGUUUUGCUUGGGAAGGGAUGAGAUGAGAUGGCAGUUCAUCUCUUUGUCACACAUCUCCUUGGCUGAAUCUCGAGCGCCGCUUAACACCCAACAACCAGGCGACGAAGGUGGACCUGGAGAUAUGGAUUGGCAAGGCCAAAAGCUAGCGGAGCAGCUGAUGCAGAUAAUGUUGGUGAUGUUUGCGGUGGUGGCAUACAUAAUUGGAUAUCUGAUGGGCUCGUUUCAGAACAUGCUGCUUAUAUAUGCCGGCGGUGUUGUUUUGACUUCUCUGAUUACUGUUCCCAAUUGGCCUUUCUUCAAUCGUCACCCUCUCAAUUGGUUGAACCCCAGCGAGGCCGAAAAGCAUCCGAAGCCGCAGUCUGCUAAUUCUAAUUCAAAGAAGAAGACCACUAAGAAGUAG